CACACGCAGGACAAAGAAGCAGAAUUGUAUUCCAUCCAGCAGACAUGCAUAAAAUCAUUUAUUUCGGUGUUAUGCUUGCCAGUAUCUCCUGUCCUCUAAAGUCUAACCCGAUAAUUGACUCCGACGAAGUUCCUUAUCAGCUUCGAGGUUCAAAGCUGGACUUUGCAGAACUAAACAAUUUAGACCAGGCACACUUGUUGCAGAACUUGCCUACUUAUCUAGACAAGCGAACAUUGGGGGAUGAUAUGGAUGAUUUGUUCAAUAAAGAAGGGCUCAGUCUGGGUGCCUACGCCAUGGACGACGGCUUUAAAGAGGGUCUGUUUGGCAAACAUCCCCGUAUAUCAUUGCUGAACCGUCUGCAGUCAAAAGAGAGGAAGCAGUACAAAAAACGCGGCAACUUGUCCGAGUGCUUCUGGAAAUACUGCGUCUAAAACCCAAGGAGGGGCGAAGACUUUCCGCGUACUUUUCUGAAUGUUAUUUGCCUUGGAGAGCUGUAUAUAUUGAUGCUUAGUUUAAACAAUCUAAGUAGACAUGUAAGCUAGAUGAUUCUGUAUACUUUAUUUUAAAAUUAAUAAAUAUUUUAUGUUUUGCAAA